AUGUCAGCCAACACCAGAGCUAAGCGCAACCCGAGACGAGGCGCUGCGAAAUCGAAAUGGGAUCCGGAGAGGUUGAUGACUAGUUCGAAAUCACCACUUGUUGAUGUAGAUCUUGUGAAACUGCUCGCAAACCACAAGGCAUGGGACGUCCUCGAAGAAUCAGAGAAAGAGGAGAUUCUAGAACUACUCCCCGAGCAUAUCCGUCCACAACCCGAGCCCUGCGAGGACGGGACAAUGAAAAUACCCCCUUUGCCAGAAUCCUUCCUACGCUACGAUAAUCCCUGGCGGGACGCCGUCCGUCAAUUCCAAGUCGACCUCGAGAACGGCCGCUAUGAUCUGGAGUGGAUACGACAGGCUGAUGUAGCCGUACAAGAGAGAGCAAAUGGGGAAUUCGACGACUUCAAGGAGCGCGAGUUCGAGGAGUUCUGGGGACAGAAGCAGAGAAUGGACAAGAGUCUUUCUGCGGGAGAGAGCUCCCAGGUUAAACUGAUGACACUCAUUGAACAGGGUGUUGUCCGUAUGGGUGAUGUUUGGAAGAUUUCGCGGAGUUUCAAUGUCCCCAGUGGCAGGCUACUCAUUGAAAAGGAAGCAAAGAUUCUAGGAUUCGAUGGUUCGUAUAUGACUUGUGUCGUCCCGACUGGUCGACGUGUAUUCCUUCCUCAAGUACCGGAUGCAGAGUAUAAGGCGUUGUUGAAGGCGUACAAAUCAACGAACGGCGCCAAGGAGGAUGAAGAAGAAGAAGAAGAAGAAGAAGAAGAAGAAGAAGAAGAAAAAAGAGAAGCGGAAAAACCAAGAACUCGGGGCUUAAGGAAAAGAAAGUCCAAAGUCGAAGACGGACCCCGCAAAAAGCAACAGCAAGAAGCGUCCGAAGACGCACAGUCCGGCUUUGAAGUCAUGAUCCCCGUUUCUACUAAGCAGGAAGAUCAGGAAGAGAACGCUGACGAUGACGCCUCUGCAGCUCCAGAAAACGAUGUCAAGACUGAGACGGACACUGAAAUUGUGCAGUCGUCAUCAUCCGGACUCAUCCUGAAAGGCGUCGAAGUCGUUGUACUCCCUAAGGUCAACGGACCAACAUACCUUGGCAACAAGAUGAUUGAGCUCGACGGCCGGAUAAAGCACAUUCCAAAUGGCAAUGCGUGGAAGGAAUUCCGCUGCUAUAGGAAUAACCAGGACAUGGGCAGUCUGUGGGAAGUCAGACAGGCUUGGUAUGUGAAAAGAAAGUAG